CUUUUCCAAACACUCGGUCCUAAUCUCUCCUCUUUCAUAUCGUUCCCCCCCGCGCACCACACACACACACACACAGAGCCGAGAGUUGCCGGAGGCUGGAUUUGAACCCGGGUUCCUGUCGGUGUGAGGCAGCAGCGCUAACCACUGAGCCACCAUGCCGGCAGUGAUUGGCGAAGCUCCCAGGAGGGGGUGUGAUGAUUACAGUCUGUGCCGCUCUUUGUGAUGAUCCGGUUCCUGUGACACUCCCGGCUGGGAGUAGGUGACACCGGGCUCCGCGGUGAUGCCGAGCCGGUCCGGAGGCCCCCCCCCGGCCGCGGGGAAGAAGCAGGUUCGGUUUUCCCGGCCUCUGCAGCGCCUGCCGGAGGAGGAUGAGGAUGAGGAUGAGGAGGAGGAGACGCUGUUCGAGAACCGGCGGCGGCGGCUGCGGCUGCGGGAGGAGGUCGGGCCCGGGGUGACCGUGAUCCAGGCCCGGGGAAGGGCUUCAGGGCGGGCAGGCCGCUGUGUCGACACCUUCCUGCUGUGCGGGGCCUUCCUGGGGCUGGGGAUGAGCAUUGCUAUUUUGGGACCUACGUUUAAGGAGCUAGCAACUAAUGUCAACAAAAAUUUAAGCGAAAUCUCCUACAUCUUUGUGGGCCGAUCAUUGGGCUAUGUGGGGGGUUCACUGAUUGGUGGGAUACUGUUUGACUACACAAAUCCCUACUUGUUAAUUGGAAUUUCGAUGCUAAUGACUUCACUGGGAAUGUAUACUAUUCCGUGGUGUACGAAGGCUAUCAUAUUGACGGGAUUGAUGUCCCUCAUUGGAAUUUCAAUGGGCUUCCUGGAUACAGGUGGAAAUUUGCUCAUUUUGCUUGUGUGGGGCACGAAAGUCAGACCCUAUAUGCAGGCGCUGCACUUCAGUUUUGCAUUAGGUGCAUUUGUGGCUCCUAUCCUAGCAAAACCACUAUUGGGCACCUUACAAAAGAUCACUGACAAUAGUGGGAAUGGCAUCUUGAGCAAUACCAAGAAUAGCUCUCAGAGUAACUUGGUGCAUUUUAUGGACGUACUGAAAACAACUGUUUCAGCCUUCACUCCUUUUACCUGGACAUAUAUUGUUAUUGGAAGCUUUGUGCUUUUAAUUUCUGUAUUGUUCUUCAUUAUUUAUUUAAGGAGCAGUCCAAAUCGAAGCAGGGCUGCUGUUUCCUCCCAGGACCCUCCAUUUGCAAGAUACCACAAUGUUAUUUUGUUCCUCCUGUUCUUCUUCUUCUUCUGGUAUGUGGGAGCUGAGGUGGCAUAUGGAUCGUACAUCUUUACGUACGCAAAAGACUUUGUUCACUUUAAUGACAACCAGGCCGCCGGCUUAAACUCAUUGUUCUGGGGGACAUUUGCCACAGGUCGGGGACUCGCAAUAUUUUUAGCCACGUGCCUUUACCCUGGAACGAUGAUCCUGCUGAGUCUAAUAGGCUGCACCAUCUCAUCCAUAAUUCUGACACUCCAUAACACGAAUCUAAUUUCUCUGUGGGUGGGCACUGCUCUUUAUGGAGCCUCGAUGGCCGCCACCUUUCCCAGCGGUGUAUCCUGGAUCAGGCAAUACACAAACACUACUGGGAAGUCAGCAGCUUUGUUUGUUUUCGGAGCGGCAUUGGGUGAAAUGGUGGUUCCAGCUUUGGUUGGGUUCCUUCAAGGCCUUGACACCAUCAAGCAAUAUCCUGUAUUGAUGCUGACUGCUCUGGGGACCUCCGCAAUGACAGCCAUCUUGUUCCCUGUGAUGUACAAACUAGCUUCAUCUCCAAGCAGUAUCCAACCAGAGAAUGAUGACCAGAAAGCUCUGUUAGGGUCAGGGCUUGAUGAAGAUGAAAACAAUGAUGACCCUCCGGAAGACUGGAACGAUGCAGAUUUUGAAGUGAUUGAAAUGAGUGAUGUAAAGAAUGACGCAGAACGGAUUCCAACUAGAGCUGCUUCAGUGAAGAGCAUGGACCUUGUUUCUCCAGAACACAGCUCUUUCCCUUCACUUUCUACCCAGAGGUAUCUAGGUGGCUCUCCGAAAAAGAAACUAUUUAACUUGGAGAGAGAAAAGAAUGACUGAAUACUACAAACCAAGCAGAUAUGUUUACAAAUCUGUCAGCAGAAGACCAGUUAAAGGACAAAUUAAAGAUGACCCUAUACUUGAAUUACAUUUAAACACUUGCUCCUUGUCUGUCUGUUUUUGAAACAAAAUCUUUGAAAAUGUGAAUAUACAUCAGCAGGCUGCUUGUAAUUAUAUGAUUAUCAUUAGGAUAUAUUAGAGUAAAUUAUAUGUUGAUUUUGAUGUCUGAGAAGGGUUUUAAAAAUUUGCAUGACAAUUUGUAUCUCUUGUAGAGGGACUGUUAAUUCUUGUAAAUCCUGCAGCUGAAAUCUGGUUUACAGAUUUAAGUCAAUCUGGGGAACUAGUUCUGAUUGUGCUCCAUCUUGUUUCUCUAUUUAAUUAUUUGUCACGUUUUAACCAUAAGCUCCACUGGUAUACAAAACUUCAUGAUCACUGGAUUGCAGAACUGUUCCUAGUAACAGUGUUGUGUGCCCUCACUACUGCAGCAUGGAGCCCUUAAAAUCUCCAGUUGCAUUAUUGUACAUUUUAGAGGUAAGAAUAGUUGAAUGUAAAGUGUGUAAUUUUGUGCAAUUUUAUUCACUCGUGGAAACAACUAACCUAUUUGAAAAACAAAAACAAAACAGUGCAAAGAAAAAGAGCAGUAAGAAAGGACAUGAUUGAAUGGACAUUUUCUGUACUGCAUAAAUUCCAAGAUUCUUUGACAGUUAUCACUUUCACCAAUUUUUGGAACAAAUAACGUGCCAGCUUAUGUCAGUUUGAAACACAAGUCAUAGAGCUGUACAGCACGGAAACAGACCCUUUGGUCCAACUUGUCCAGACCGACCAUCUAGAACAGUGCUCCGAGAUGAAGCCACUUCGUACAGUCUAGACCAGCAUUUGGCCCAUAUCCCUCUAAACCCUUCCUAUUCAUGUACCCACGCAGAUGCCUUUUAAAUGUUGUAAUCGUACCAGGCUCCACCACUUCGUCUGGCAGUUUAUUCCAUACAUGCACCACCCUCUGAAAAAGUUGCCCCUCAGCUCCCUUUUAAAUCUUUCCCCUCUCACCUUAAACCUAUGCCCUAGUUGUGGACUCCCCUACCCCAGGAAAAAGACCUUGCCAAUUUACCCUAUCCAUGGCCCUCAUUAUUUUAUAAACCUCUUCAAGGUCGCCCCUCAGUCUCCAACACUGCAGGGAAAAUAGCCUCAGCCAGGCAACUUUUUCACACAAAAGGUGGUGCAUAUAUGGAAGUGGAGGAGGCUGGCACAGUUACAACAUUUAAAAGGCAUCUGCAUGGGUACAUGAAUAGGAAGGUUUUGCCAAAUGCCAGUAAAUAGGAUUGACUAGAUUAAUUUAGGAUAUCUGGUCAGCAUGGAUGAGUUGGACCGAAGGUCUGUUUCUGUGCUGUACAGCUUGAUGAUUCUAUAGUGGGUUGUGUUUCACAAUUUUUUUUAUGAUCAUGAAGUGUGUUAAACUUUCAGAAAAUUGAGGGUCAGAUUCAUAAUUUUGCAUCCUCCAGCAGAUAACUGUGGAGGGAACUAUGACUGGCUAAAUUGUCAGAUUUAUUAACUUGUUCACACUGAAGAUAGAAGUAUUCUGCAGUGCAUUUUUCUGAUAUCUCUUCUCCCCAUCCAUGAUAAAGUGCCCAUUGUGUCCAGGGAUGUGCAGGCUAGGUAGACCUAGCCAUGGGAAAUGCAGAGUUACAGGGAUAGGGCAGGGCAGUGAGUGUGGCUGAGAUACUCUCGGAGGGUCAUUGUGGACUCUACGCUCUAGGGAAUUCUAUUCUAUGAUCUAUUCAGCCUCUCCCUGUAGCUCAAACCCUCCUACCAUGGCAACAGCCUUGGUAAAUCUUCUUUGAACCCUUUCAAAUUUAAUGACAUCUCUCCUAUAUCAGGGAGACCAGAAUUGAAUGCAGUAUUCCAAAAGUAGCCUAACCAAUGUCCUGUACUUCAACAACAUGAUCACCCAACUCCUGUGCUCAAUGCACUGACCAAUAAAGGCAAGCAUACCAAACAUUGCCUUCAUUAUCCUGUCUACCUCCAACUCUACUUUCAAGGAACUAUGCAUCUGCAGCCCAAGGUCUGAUUGUUCAUCAACAUACCCCAGGACCUUACCAUUAAGUGUACAAGUCCUGCCCUGAUUUGCCUUUCCAAAAUGUAGGUAGUGAUAAAUCUAUGAAUUUUGCCAAUUAUUGAAAGCCUAAUACAAUAUGUGUUAUACAUGAACAGUCAAAGGCUUUAAUGUUGCAGAGAAAACAUGAGUUGCUUCUGGAAGCAAAAGCAGUCUGAUUCAUGUUUAAAAUAGAUUGUUUUUGCUUGUGGGGUUUGUCUCUACACGAAAACUGUGCUUGUGGGAAAAAUGGAACCGGUUGGCAUGUUAUCAAUUCUCAGCAGUUUUGUUCAGGCAAUAUGAAAUGUAGUAAUGGAUUUCCCUCUAAGCAGCUCAAUUGCCUGACGAAAAAUACAUUAGUAAUGCAGUAGAGAGUGGAUUAAAUUUCAAAAGUCAGUUGUCAUUAUGACAAAUGAAUUAAUCACUACUUUUUCUGUUCAAUGAUAUCACAAUUUCCAGAUACAUUGGAAAAAUUGAAAAGUUCUUUUAUUGCAGUGUUUGGAAAGUUGUUAUUCAGUACAUAUUGUGAACUGACCAUGAGUUUGCGACACUAGAUUGUUCACAAUAUUGUGAACAGUCACAGAGAGAACUGGAUUUUUCAAAUUACAUGUUGGUGGAAUUCAGUAACUGGUAUAUAAAACAUGAACCCGAUUUAAUGAUAAUUAUGUACUUUAUAAAAGAAACUGAAUCCUAUGUUUAUGUCUCCUUGUCAUAUGAAUAAUGCUAUUUUAUACGUUAAAAUGAGUGCAAAAUGUGAUUUCCUUAUGCACAGCCUAUUGUUUUUGAAUUUCUUUACAAUCAAUAUUAAUAUUGGCUAACAUGGUGAAUUCUAAUUACUGCCUUUUUAAGACAAGUGUUUUCCAAUUUCUGAAGACAGGCUUUCAGUGGAGUAGUAAUCAUAGCACUUGACUAGUAAUCCAGAUCCCUAAAGAAUACUCUGGGACGUGAAUUCAAAUUUCAUCAUGGCAGAUCGUGAAAUGUGAAUUCAAGAAAAAGCAAGUCUGGCAUUAAAAGCCAUUCUAAUAGCAAACACUAAACCACUCUAUUGUGAUAAACUCCGUUCUGAUUCACUAAUGUAUUUUUGGGAAGGAAAGCUACCUGUCCUACAUGUGACUCUAGACCCACAGCACUGUGGUUGAGCCUAAAUUGCCCUCAGGGUAAUCAGAAUGGGCAAGAAAUGCAGGCCUUUACAGCAACACCCACACUUCGUGAAUCCGUUUAUAAAAAUACGCUUCCCAAACAUGGCAAGGAACUGUCUGGACUGUUAAAGAUACAGUUACGCAUAGGCCCUGCAUUAACCAAGAUGCUAGGAAGGAUUUUUUUCCACCCCACAGUUUCAGAAAUGGCCUGAAUAAAGGACUCCAGCUGAGAGACUUGCAGCUUCUUGGUGUGCGGUGACAGGGUUGUAGAUUGUAAACAGUGGGUAUUUUACUCACUGCCCCACUGUAUGUAAUUGACUUAAUGAAGGUUGCCAAAUUUGCUGCUGACAUAAAGACAAGUAGGAAAGUAUGUUCUGAAGAGUACACAAGAUAUUUAUAGCUUAAGUGAGUGGGCAAAAGAAAUGUGGCAAGGAGUGUAGAAUGUGGGAAAACUUGAAAUUGCCCAUUUUGUAGGAAGAAUAAAGCAGCAUAUUACCUCAAGGGUGAGAGAUGGCAGAGGGAUCUUGGUGUCCUUGUACACGAUUUGCAAAAGAUAUACAUGCAGGUACAGCAAGUAAUUAUGAAAGCUAAUAGAAUAUAUCAUUUAUUGCAAAGGGAACUGAAUACAAAAGGAGAUUAUUCUACAGUUAUACAGGGCACUGGUGCGCUAGGAUCUGGAGUACACAGUACUGGUCAUCUUACUUAAGGAAAUGUGUUGGAGAUAUGUUCAAGAAUAUUUACUGGAUUAGAUGGUUUGUUUUAAGAAAAGGUUGGACUGGCUAGGCUGUAUCUGCUGGAGUUUGGAGGAGUAAGAGGCAACUUGAUUGAAACAUGUAAAUUUUGAAAGAUUUUGACAGAAAGUUUGAACUUUCCUCUUAUCUAGAAUGAGAUCAUUUUAAAAAUAAGGAGUCAUCUAAGAACUAGGAGUUAGCAGUUCAGCUCCUUGAGCCUGCUCUGCCAUUCAAUAUGAUCAUGGCUGCUCUCAUCUCAUCCUCAACUCCAUUUUCCUGCCAGCCCUCCAUAACCCUUCAACACUUUUGUAAUUAAAAAUCUCCUCAAACUUACUCAAUGUCCAGCAUCCACUGCAUUCAGGGCUAGUGAAUUCCAUUAAUCCAUAACCCUUUGAGGUAAUUUCUUAUGUUUUUAAUCUUUUAUCCCUGAUCUUAAAAUGAUGACCUCUUGUUCUAGAAUUACACCACAAAGAAAAUCCCCUCUGUGUCUAUUUUGACAAUCCCCCUUCAGCAUCUUAAUUAGACUUUUCAUUCUACUAAACUGUAGAGAAUAAACAGUUUAAUUUGUCCUCAUAAGACAAACCCUCAUCUCUGGAAUUAGUGAGCCACCUCUGAACUUGCUCCAAAGCAACUCCAUCCCAUAUGGGGACCAAAACUGCUAAAACAUUGUACAGUUGCAGCAACAUUUACUUACCUUAAUUCCUUUAGUAAUAAAUGCCAAAAUUCCAUUUACCUUCCUUAUUACCAGCGUUUAAAACAUGCAUUAAAAUGAUUAGGUAAAAGUUUUCCUCCAAAGGGUUGAGCCUUUGUUUUCUUGACCCUUUGACAGAAAACUCCAGCUUCCUUGGAUAUUUUUAAGGCAGUAGUAAAUGCGUUCUUGUAAGGGGUGAAAGAUUAAUAGGGAUAGCUGAAAAUGGAUAUUUGAGGUUACAAUUCAGAGUAGCCGUACUGUUAUUCAAUGGUAGAGCAGUGUGGUGGGUGUGAGUGAUCUGUUUAUGCCACAAAUAGCUAAUAUUACACUGGUGCCUUAGGAUAACAUUAGGUUCUUUUGUGAAAGAAAAAUAAUUUUAGUAGUAUUGAAUUAAGCUCUGUAGAAGCUGGAGAACUCUUAAGCUUUUUAUGUUUUCUACUGUUAUCGGUCUGAGGCACAUUUUAUGCCAAGUUUUUAUAAGUCCUGAACACUGGAGAGUUCCAGCUUUGGGCUCUAACUUCAAUGGUUAAACUGGAUCUCUUGAUUAUAUUGAAAAGCAAAUAUAUAAAAAUAGCUGCUUACAACUA